CUCCAAGAUUUGAGAAUCACCGAUCCCCGACUUGAUAAGAAGAGGAUUCUAGAGACAAAGGGCCCUCUACUGCGCGAUUCAUACCGCUGGAUCUUCGAUCACCGAGAUUACCAAAAAUGGCUUGAUGCGCAGAAUGGAAUUCUCUGGAUCAAAGGGGAUCCUGGGAAGGGCAAGACGAUGCUUCUCUGCGGCAUAAUUGAAAGCCUAGAGGAUAAUAAAGAGGUUGAAAACGAGAUGGCAUACUUCUUCUGCCAAGCAACAGACUCCCGCAUAAACACUGCAGCGGCCAUUCUUGGGGGCUUGACUUUCUAUCUCGUUCAUCGGAAAAGAUCACUGCUCUCUUAUGUUAGGGAGAGGCAUCUAAGUCCAGGCAAGCCGAUUUUUGAUGGUCCAAACGGCUGGGUUGCCAUUUGUGACAUCUUUGAGGCUAUCAUCCAAGACUCUAAAUGGUCACACCUUGUUCUGGUCGUUGAUGCCCUCGACGAAUGCAUAACGGACCGGGACUCUUUCCUGCGAUUGGUUGUCAGAACAAGCUCCAAGGUCAAAUGGCUUUUAUCCAGUCGUAACUUGGAGGAUAUUGAGCGACGGCUCUUGUCGAAAGAGGCUGUCAACCCUUUGAGCCUCGAACUUAAAGGGAAUGCAGAAUCAGUGUCGCAAGCUGUUCAUAGCUACAUCGAGCACUGUGUUGCUCACAUGGAAAUCAUGCAACAGGAUAAAGAGCUUGAAAGCAAAGUUCGUGACAUCUUACAGCACAAGGCCGACAAUACGUUCUUGUGGGCAGCCCUCGCAAUUCAGCAGCUUCAGGACGCCAUGAAAUGGGAAGUACUACGAAUACUGGACCAGAUGCCCGAAGGCUUGCAGAGCUUAUACCAACAGAUGAUGAACCAGAUACGGGACCACCCGAGUCAAAGGCGAGAUCUCUGCACAAAGCUGCUUUCAAUAGUUACUACGGCUUACCGUCCUUUGCAUCUCGGGGAGCUCAACUCUUUGUGGCAGAUGGAAGCGGAAUGCCCGCAGGAUCAAGAAGAUGUCCGCACAGUCGCACAACUCUGUGGCUCUUUUCUGACUGUGAAAGAUGACACUAUUUAUUUCAUUCACCAGUCAGCUAAAGACUUUGUGCUUCAACAGGGUUCUCAAGCCGGUAUUACCAGUAAACAUUUUUGUAUGUUCCAGUCUUCGUUGGAUGUCAUGUCCCAAAAAUUGCAUCGCAACAUGUACGGCCUUGAAUCUCCUUCAACAGAAAUAGACGAAAUUUCCACACCAUGUCCGGAUCCAUUAGCCUACCUUCGAUACCAGUGUAUAUUUUGGAUCGACCACCUUUUAGCCGCAAGUGAAGAGGAGAAGGCUGAGGCCAUUCGAGAUUACAGUAGCCUGUACAUGUUCUUCACAAACGUAUAUCCAUACUGGUUGGAAGCUAUUUCUCUUUUGCGGGCUAUGAAUCAUACGAUUGGAGCAUUUCAUAAACUUUCAAUUCUGCCUGAGCAAGAUGCGCCUAGAUUGAUGGCAUUGAUGAAAGAUGCUAUUCGCUUUAUCCAAUCUAACAGGGGAAUAAUAGAAGCUGUUCCUUUACAAACUUACUCUUCGGCAUUGGCAUUUGCGCCCGAAUUCAGCCUCAUUCGACAAGAGUUCAUUCAAGGUGUUCGCCAAGGCAUUCCUCUUGUGUUGAACCGACCGAAUACUUGGGGAGCACGUGUGCAUACUCUUCUUGGCCAUAGAGAGAAAAUUAUGUCACUAGCGUUUUCACCCACGUCACGCCUAUUGAUCUCCAACUCACUAGAUGGGACGGCAAGAAUAUGGGAAAUGGAAACAGGCAACUGCCAGCAGAUAUUGCUCUUCGGAAACCAUCAUUGGCUUGUGAAAAUAUCUCCAGAUUCAAAAAAAGUGGCAUCGAGCGAUUCAAGAGAAAUAUAUAUCUGGACCACGGACACGGGUGAAAAGAUGCACACAUUACACGGUGAUGGAAGAAAAUUCUGUUCAAUUGCAUUCGCACCUGACUCGAAAGUCCUCGCUUCAGCUUACAGUGAUAAGAGUGUCUUGAUCUGGUGCACUGAGACAGGCAAACUUCUGCAGACACUUCAAGGUCACAAAGAAGAGCAUAACAAGCAUUCGGUUCAUAUUGCCUUCUCCCCCAACCUUGAGUAUGUGGUUGUGGCAGGUGGAUCUGCCGCAGCAAUUUGGAACAUUGAAACAGCGAAAGAGAUAUGCAAUUUAUCUCGGCGAGGAGAGGGAAUUUUUUUAGCUGUCGCCUUCUCUCCCGACUCCAAGUUUCUUGCCUCAGCUCAUUGGUUCGAUGGCCUAGAUUCAUGCAUCAAUCUCUGGUGUGUUGCGACAGGUCGCAAGUUGAGAAGCUGCUAUACUAAGUUUCACUCCUUAUUUCUAGAGAAGCUUGCAUUCUCUUCUUCCACUGAAUUAGUAGUACCAACAACGAAAGGGCGAUGUCACUGGCGGUUUCAAUCAAGCUCGAAGUUUGAUGAUACAAUCUCCGUUUCAAAUACUCAGGGCCUAUCAAACAUCGAUUUUUCCUUUGAUAUGGCUUUCUUUGCAGCAUCAGAUGGUAUCGGAAACAUUAUUAGCGUCUGGCAAUUAAACUCCAGCGGCAGCAGUGCAGAUGCUCUUAAUGAAUAUGGCACUUCUAUAAACUGUGUAGCUAUCUCGCCUGAUUCAUCAUUUGUCGCUUCGAGCUCUUUUGAAGGGGCAGUAACACUAUGGCGGGUUGACACGGGGCAACGUUGUCAAACAUUCACUGGCCACACCGAUACAGUUACUGCUAUAGCUUUUUCACACGAUUCUUCAAUUAUGGUAACAGGCGAUGCAGGGAAAAUUUUACGCUUCUGGCAGACUGUGACAGGCGAAUGCAUAAACGUCUUGCAA